AUGGAAAGGUGGUUUGUGGUUCUUGGCUGGUUUCUCUCCAUUCUGACGAUUAUUGGAAAUGGAUUUAAUAUAUUCCUUGUGUGCAACAAACGACAACUUCGCACCAAAACCAACGCGUUUGUGGUUUCACUCGCAGUUGCAGAUCUCUGUGUUGGGAUAUGUGUGUUUCCUUUGCUGUUUUUGUACGAGACGACAAGAGAUGGCAGCUAUUCGCAAGAUUUAAAAAGGGCUCAAUUGCUAGUGCGCUGGUUUCUUCAAGAUGCCUCUGUGAUGUGCCUGUGCAGUUUAGUAUUGGAGCGGUAUAUUGCCAUCGUGAUGCCUUACAAAUAUGGGACUUUUAUGACCCAUCGGCGCGUCAUACAAAUGAUUGCGCUCCCUUGGACGAUAACAGUUAUUUUCAUUUCGCUUGCAUCUUCACCCUGGAUUGGUUUAAAUUCAUUUAACUGGAAAAUUUUCAUGUGGUUUGUCUUUAUUUUCUUUAAGUUUUUGCCAUGUUGCAUGGUUAUCGUUUGCUUGGUUUCCAUGUUGCGUGUUGUAUAUAAACACAAGCGACAAUUUCAUAUUUUAA